ACAAGCGCCUAUAUUUAGAGGCCAACUUCCGUCGCGUCUUUCUCUUUUCUAGGUCCGUGUGGCGUGAGAUAGUUAGGCAACAUGAGCAAGGUUUCAAGAGACACGCUGUAUGAGGCUGUGCGUGAGGUACAGGCUGGCUCCCAGACCAAGCCACGCAAAUUCUUGGAAACGGUGGAGCUCCAGAUCAGCCUGAAGAACUACGACCCCCAGAAGGACAAGCGUUUCUCAGGCACCGUCAGGCUGAAGACCACCCCCAGGCCCAAGUUCUCCGUGUGCGUGCUGGGAGACCAGCAGCACUGUGACGAAGCCAAGGCUGCAGAUCUGCCCCACAUGGACAUCGAGGCCCUCAAGAAGCUCAACAAGAACAAGAAGCUGGUGAAGAAGCUGGCCAAGAAGUACGAUGCCUUCCUGGCCUCAGAGUCCCUGAUCAAGCAGAUCCCCCGUAUCCUGGGCCCCGGGCUGAACAAGGCCGGCAAAUUCCCCUCCCUGCUCACCCACAACGAGAACCUCAACACCAAGGUGGACGAGGUCAAGUCCACCAUCAAGUUCCAGAUGAAGAAGGUGCUGUGUCUGGCGGUGGCCGUGGGGCACGUGAAGAUGACCGAGGAGGAGCUGGUCUACAACAUCCACCUGGCCGUCAACUUCCUGGUGUCCCUGCUGAAGAAGAACUGGCAGAACGUGCGUGCGCUCUACAUCAAGAGCACCAUGGGGAAGCCCCAGCGCCUCUACUAGAGCCUCUGUCAUUCUUACAAUAAAACUGAAAAACUGC